AUGUUAGAUCUUAAUCUAUACGAUGCGAACUCGUCCGAUUCGACUCAGGACAUUGACUCGCCGAUGAUAUCGGAGAAGUUUCAUCUAACUUCAUGGAAUCAAAUGAUGGAAUCAGGAACAUCGAAUUCCUCCAUCGUCAAUGCGGACGCGGACGGUUCAAGCAACAACGCAGGCGAUGAGGACUCGUGCUCCACGCGCGUGAAUGUGAAUGACGUGUUCACCAUCAGUUUCGAUGUUCUUAAAAUGGAAGGCUCAAACGACGUCGUAACGAAGGAGUUUUUCCCGGUGACUGGAGGAGGUGAAGGUUUGUCUAAUAAUUGGAAGUUGCAAGCUACGUCGUCGUUUCCGAUUAGGAAUGGUUCGGUUGAUCUAACGUUUGAUCAGAGAAAAGAAAUGAAGUUUGUUCAGCCUCCACAACAAGCGAAAAAGAGUAGGAGAGGACCGAGGUCUCGAAGCUCGCAAUACAGAGGAGUCACGUUUUACAGAAGGACUGGUAGAUGGGAAUCGCAUAUCUGGGAUUGCGGGAAACAAGUUUAUUUAGGUGGAUUUGACACAGCUCAUGCUGCUGCUAGAGCCUAUGAUCGAGCUGCUGUUAAGUUCAGGGGAGUUGGUGCUGACAUAAAUUUCAAUCUGAAUGAUUAUGAGGAUGAUCUUAAACAGACGGAGAAUUUAUCCAAAGAAGAAUUUGUGCACAUACUUCGUCGUCAAAGUACUGGUUUCUCAAGAGGGAGUUCAAAAUACAGAGGAGUAACACUCCACAAGUGUGGCCGUUGGGAAGCUCGAAUGGGACAAUUCCUUGGCAAAAAGUAUAUAUAUCUUGGGUUAUUCGACAGCGAAGUAGAAGCUGCAAGGGCUUAUGAUAAAGCAGCUAUCCAAAGCAAUGGAAGGGAAGCAGUGACUAAUUUUGAGCCCAGCACAUAUCAAGGAGAGAUGAAAUCUGCAUUCAUCAAUGAUGGCAGCAGUCCAAAUCUUGAUCUCAAUUUGGGAAUAGCCAAACCAGGACCAGGUCCCAAAGAAAAUUGGGAGAAAUUUCACUUUCCCUCUGUUUCUUACACAAGUUCAAGGAUGGAAACCAAUGUUUCAGGAAUCGGUAAUUCAUCUUUAAAAAGGUUAUUAGUAACUGAAGAGCAUCAUUCUUUACGGAAUGACACGUAUCCCGGUUUCUUUCCCAAUGAGGAAAGAGCAGAUGGUAUCAACAAAGCUCCUUUAAAAGGACUCCCCAUUUGGGCGUGGCAAACUAAUGGUCAGGUCACUGCUACCCCAGUGGCACGGGGUAAGUCCCUGCAAGCACCGCUCUAG